AUGUCAUCACGCAAAGUUCGCGUCAAGAAGUUGAACGUCAAGACGACGCUUCCAGUUCUUCGCGAAGACCAGAUCGAUCCCAACGAGUACGAAGCCCUUACAACCGAUAAUCAAAUUGCGACCGGUGUCGAACAGGCCGAGGAAAACGAAUACCAUCUCCAAACUAUUCUCAAGGAAGCAGGAACCAGCAAUGACCAAGAAAUUCCUGUUCCGCCUCCCCAGGAGAGCGCCAUCAACUACGAUGAGCUCUAUCCUGUUCCUUUCCACAAACCCUCCACAUAUAUCCGCUUCUCACAAACAGUCGAAGAGUGCAUUACAUGCCUCUAUGACAUGAACACUGAGGACGAUGAGUUCCUGAAACAGUACAAUAGUAAACCGCUUGCCGCUGGCGCCCUCUCUGAAGAUGACUUCGAACGCAUCAUGGAGGUCUUUGAGGAAACCGCUGCUGAACAGACUCCAUUUGCCGCAGUCGACAAUACUGUUGCCGCCUAUGACAUGAUGGUGCCUGCUCUUAACCACUUAGCCUCACCCGCUAUUCUUCGACAUGCUAAGCCUGUGUACGAAUACUGGAAGACGAAACGUCAAGAAGCUGGCAACAAGCCGUUGCAUCCAAGUCUCAAAUUUGAGACUCAUCAAGAAACUGAUGAUACAGACCCCUUUGUCUGCUUUAGACGACGCGAGGCCCGCCAAACUCGAAAGACCAGAGCUCGUGACAACAAAAUAGCAGAAACGCUCAAGAAAUUGCGGCGCGAGCUUGAGGAUGGUCGACAGCUGGUUCUUGUGGCGUAUGAACGUGAAAUGGUAAAGCGGGAACUCAUGACUAUGGACCGCGCUGUGUUUGAGGAAAGGGCAAGACUCAAAAACAUCAAGCUUCGACUGGGGAUCAAAGGCGAGGACGAAGAUCUCGUCAACCAAAAGCCCCAGAAACGCAAGCCUGCAGAGCCCCCAGUUGCCCGACAGCCUCCUGGCGGUGCCCAUCUGCGGCAACCCGUACGGUCUGAUGGCAGAACGCUUGAUGCCGAUCUUGUCUUAUUGUCAGACAAGUUGGUGGAGAAGGAGACUGAACUCCGACUUGAUAUAGAAAUGAAGGUUCAGAACCACAGAAAGUGGAACCAGAACCACAUUGACCUCACUCGAGAGCCACUCUCACCAGUUAAGGAACAGGGCACAGAGCUCAAGUUCCGACAGGCCAAGACUCAGUACCUGAUGACGCCUCCGGCCUCCAUAUCAUCAGAUAUGGAAGUGGAUGACCACUCACCUGAUGCUAUGCAAGUGGACAAACGUGAGCCACCUGUCUUCCAUUUCAAUGCUGGAUCCAGUGAACCGGCCAAGGGUAGUCAACCAUCCUUCCGUCGGCGCAUAGGUCGAUUGAACCGGUUGUGGAUUGAUCGAAGGGGUAUGGUGACGCCGCCGAGAGACCUUGGUGAGAAUAAGUCGGAUCGGUGGAAAUACGACUCGGACUCUGAAGAUGAACCACCAGUGUAUGAGGUGGAUCCGUUCGAUACUCGGGCACUCAAGUUCCGAGCGACAAUUCCGCUGAACCCGUACAUGUUCAGAGGACGCCCAGCAGUGCCACCAGAAGCCGUAGCAGCAGCACAAGCACAGGCGGGCAACAGAGUACUGCCAUCACCGGCUGCGGCGGCGGCGCAUGCCCACGCCCAGGCACAUGCUCAAGCAGCGGCUCAAGCGCAUCUAGCAGCACAAGCACAGGCCAAAGCGCAAGCGGUAGCGAAUUCUCAGGCCCAGGCUGCCCAGGCAGUAUCAUGA